AUGUCAUUCGACUUGGAAAGUUGUGAAAAUACAGAAUCAUCAGGUGCCUCAAUCGAGGAAAAACUUCCAUCCAAAAAUUGUUUGAUUCGCGGAAAAGAUGCGGUUUAUGCAGUUGGCCGAAAAAUUGCACAAGGAAGAUAUGGAGCUGUUUAUGAGGUAAAGUUCCCAAAACUUUAUUUUUAGAUAUUUUUUUGAAAAAAGUGUAUUGUUUUCGAUUAAAAGUAAAUAGCGUUUCUAGGAAGAUUAGAUAUAAAAAUUUUAUUUGUUUUGAAAGAUAUCAGCUGACAGAUAGAAGGAUUACUGUAUCUAUAAAGUUUCAAGUCUCCAAUAAAUAUUUUUGCUCAGGUUCUUCGACGUUCGGAUGGAAAACCUUUUGCUUGUAAAUUGGAAAUCUGCGGAACACAUUCACAUGGACUUGAUCAAGAUUAUUCGGUUAUGAAUAAAGCAGCAAAACGAGGAGCAGAGAAUUUGGUGAAAAUGAUAGAUCGUGGAAAAAUUGAGGAGCAUUUUAAAUUUAUCAUCAUGCCCUUGGUAAUAUUUUUUUCCUUUUUACUUUUUUCUGCAUUCAAUCAAAUCACAAAUAAUAUUUUCAGCUUGGCGAUAAUUUAAUGAAUAUGAGAUUUAUGUUUGAAGAUGGUCGUUUUUCUCUGUCAACUGGUCUUCGAUUAUCCCUUUUGGCUAUUUCUCCAAUUCAAACUCUUCAUUCAAUUGGAUAUGUUCAUCGAGAUAUAAAAGCAUCAAAUUUCUGUGUUGUCGGAAAUUUGAAUGGUCGUCCCGAAGAAUUGAAACUCUGUUUAGUUGAUUUUGGAAUCAGUCGAAGUUUCAAAGAUAAAUCGGGAGAGUUGAAAACUCCAAGAAGUGAUAUAAAAUUCCGCGGGACAAAUCGAUAUGCUUCUUUGGCUGCACAUUAUGGAGAGGAACAAUCACCGAAAGAUGAUUUGGAAUCGUGGUUUUAUAUGAUGAUUGAGUUGGUAUCUGGACAACUUCCUUGGACAUAUUUGCAUAGAGAACAAACUAAAGAAACUGCAGCAAUGAAAGAACAUUGUCGAACAUCUGAAGGAUGCUUAUUAAUGAUGAAAUAUUGCCCAAGAGUUAGUUGGAAACUUCUAAAAAACGAAAAUUCAAACUUUUUCUAAAAAUGAAAAAAUUUCGGUGCCUCAUGCUGGAAUCGAACCAGCGACCUUCUGUUUACUAGACAGACGCUCUGCCACUGAGCCAAUGAGGCGGACGAACCCACGGGCGUUAAUAAAAAUGAUAAGACUGAAUUUUUUGAAGGUCGAAUUUCGUCGCAUUCAAACAUAUUUGAUGGGUUUGAAAUAUCAAAACACAGUCGAUUAUACAUUUAUCUCGGAAGUUGUUCAAUUGGCGAUGCGGAAUAAUGGAAUAAAAAUGGAUGAGAAAUUUGAUUGGCAAGAGGAAAAUGAAUAA